AUAUGAAUUCCUUUUUCCUCAAUGGACACGUCUUCCUCGAAAUCAUUUGCAGAAAGAUAACAUCAACUUGGUUUAACUAAAUCCCCUGCAUGUUUAUCACAUCUUUAAGUCAUUUCCUUCGAGCAAUCUUCGUAUUAAGUUAUCACUUUGUCAAAAUGUGAUCCAUAACCACAGCUCAGGACACAGUGGGAAGCACACAACGGGGGAGCUGAGUAGUUUGGGGAGUUUGGGUGAGCUGUUUGCUGGAAGCUGCCAAGCCCACCCCUCCUAGACUUUCAUUUCCCCCUGCGGCAGCUGUCAUCUGAUCCCAUGCUUUGGCUUUGAAUGGGGCUCUCUGAGGAUGCCAGAUGUUGGGAACAAAGGUCUAAAAAUAAUCUUUCCAAGUAAUCUUCCCAUCUAUAAUUCAAUGAGAACACGUGCUUUGUGUGAACAUACACUGCGCGGCGAAAAGCGGCUCUCACAGGCGAUCAGCCCUCGCUCUCCCUCCUCCCCGUCUCCCUCCCACCCUGCCAAGACUCUGAAUCGUCCGGAUCCCAAAAGCCGGGCUCCUUAUUUCAUCUCUCCUUGGGAAAAUGGAAUCCAGGGCACUGUCAGAGAUGCAUUUCUGUAAAAAGAUCUUCACCGCAGCCUUGUGUGUCUUAGUUUUGCUGCCAGAUUCAGGCUGUGCAAGGACUCUCUGGAAACGCGCUCUACAUCUGAAAAUGACGGAGAAAUAUGAUGAUUAUGAGUACCCUCUUCAUUCUCACAGUUCCCACUACCAGAAGAACGACCGCUGCCCCCCGCCCCCCCAGACUUUGCCGGACCGAGCCUGCGAGGUGCCCAGCUGCCGCUCAGACUCCGAGUGCGAAAGGCACAAGCGCUGCUGCUACAAUGGGUGCAUCUACGCCUGCCUGGAGUCUGUGCAGCCACCGCCAGUUUUAGACUGGUUGGUUCAGCCCAAACCCCGCUGGCUGGGAGGAAAUGGGUGGCUUUUGGAUGGCCCAGAGGAAGUCCUACAAGCUGAGGCCUGUAGUACCACGGAGGACGGAGACGAGCCUCUGCAUUGCCCCACAGGCUAUGAAUGCCACAUCAUCAACCCGGGCAACACGGCUGAAGGAAUCCCCAACCGGGGCCAGUGCAUCAAGCUCCGUGGAAAUCCAGAUGGACGCAACCUGAGGCAUAAGUAUUACAAGGAGUAUUUUGGGAGCAAUUCCAACAAUGUGGUCGGCUACGUGAAAAACCAGCAGAAGCAUUUAGGCUAAUCGAAGGUGUGUCUGGCUGGACCACUCUGUCAAGGAAUGCUUUACCCAACAGUUUUCUCUUUUGGAAGAUCUCUGGUCCCAAAUCUCCACGCCCACGUCUCCAGCGUUACCCUGAUCCCUGCCCAUCGGUGAUAAAAGACUUUGCUAUUCCAGGAACAGGAUGAGUUUAGAUUUUAAACCUAUCAGGAUGGGCAGAAAUGCGAUCCCUGGAAGAAACCACACUGCUGAUGAGCUGCCCUGGGACAAGUGAAAUGCAAAUACCUCCAAGCAGAUCUCUAGAAGCCACAGCCCCUUUAUCAGGCUGCUAAAACAGCGCACCCUUUAUGUGCGUAUUAUGUGACCAGUUCAAAUUUCAUGACCGUGAACAUAACUCAGUAUUAUAAAAAUGAAGUGACGUCAGAGUUGUACCUAAAUAUCACAUCUCAGUUGCGUUAAAAUAGGCAAGACUGUAAGACUAAAGGGGGUCUCUGGAUCAAAUCCAGUACCUGCCUAUCUCAAAAAACUACUUUAAAUAUGCCUUUUCAUAAGUUUGAAGAAGCCUGAAGGUUUCUUCUUUUCCUGUUUAUACCUAGGGUUCACCAAGUUUGACAUCCAGUCUACAAGCCUAAACCUGAAAUCUUAAGAAUUUGAGGAACUCUGAUUAAGGAGCAAAACAGGUUUUAGAAAUGUUGUUUAUUUUUUUAAGUUACUUUCCUUUAGGUGCUCAGUCUGGUGAGCUGCAGAUUGAGAGCUAAUGAUGGAAUAGAUUUCUUUCUGCAGUAUCUAAGCACAUGCACAUGUGUGCCAGUCUUUUUAAGUUGUUGCUUUUAGCCAGCACAGUUAAUACUCACAGAAUGUAAAUCUGUGUUUCUGUACCUGCAAAACCUCAGCAAGGGGACUGAAGUCUGGAUUAUUCGUUGAACAUAAGAGAAAAGCAAAAGGAGGAUAAAUUUGUGUGAUUAAAAGCCUUGUCUGGCAGAUGGGCAACUGCUCUUAAGAAGUCCCAUACCUUUAUGUUGGCUUCUAUAAAUCCCUAAUGUCAAGUUAUUUGUAUUUGGGCCUUACAGCUUCUUUUGCCUGUUUAGCAUUAUAAAAUGGAAAAUGCCUUUUCGAUUAAUGUUCUUCUCUUCUGUGGCAGUCCUAAAGGGACAGUUGCAUUUCAUUUUGACAAAUCUGCCAGAAUUGCUAGGCAAAAGAAGCCACGUUUGUUCCCUUGUUUAGUACAUGUCCCCAUCUACAUGCAUAAAAUUAGCAUUUUAAUACGCAGAGUAGUAGCGGUGCAUAUAAAUACCCAAUUCACAAAUACAAGUGCCUGCUUCCACUCACAAACUAUGGGAUUUUUUUCCACUCACCAAAUGGCUUAAGCCAGAGCUAGGAUACCUAUACAACCCUUGAUACUUUGCAUAUGACAUUUGCAGCUGGAGAGAUGAAAGAUGCCAAACUGCUCUUCUGUUUCCUAUGAUAAACAGGGACACUCCUCGAUGCUUCACCAAGCAAAGGAACAGAUGGACAUUUUCCUAAAUAUCUUCAUUUGUUUAACUCCAUUCACUUCUUUGUGCCUUUGUUCCAAGUUCAAGGUAUGAAAUGCAACAUCAUGUUUGAACAGAUCUAUUUCUACAAUUUUAUCAUAUACUACUUUAUGCAAUGAUAUCUUAAUUCCUGAUGAGAGCGAGUCCAUCCAUAUUUUAUCCUUCCAAUUUCAGUUUAGGCCAGAAACUUGCUGCUUUGCUGUUGACGUUACUUGACAACUUAAAGCAACAAAGCUCAUAAUGAAAGUCUAAAUGCAGCCUUGCUCCUUGCUGCUGCUCAGUGAGAUGGACUGGGUUUUUACAGCAUUACUUUUUGCAGAAAAAAUCAAAUUCCGAUUAAAUGAGCAAAGCCCUUCAGUGAUUACUGCUAAGCCCCAAAGAGUAAAUUCCAAAUCGUUCUCCUUUAAAAUAAAAGAUUCCAUGCCUAAAAGCCUGUGAGGAUCUAGCUGAAAAAUUUGUGUUGGGAAUUAACAAAUUUACAAGAUUAAAACUUCAGAUCACAACCUAAUCUUGCAAAGCAUCCAAAAAUAUGCUUAAUGUGAGUGGACACAUUCACUUCAGUGGCUGCUUUUUUUAUGGCUAAUAAAGCACAUACCUGCCCACCUUGCUGGAUGGGAUGCUAAAGAUAUAUUCUACUUCCAAAAGGAAUUUUUUAAAAAGAAAACUGACAGAUUAAUAAUUUGUUGCUGAAUUUCUGUUUACUUUGUGUUAUCAAAGACAUCACCCUUCCUCAUGGUGCUAUAAUGCUUGGGGGUUUUUUUGAAGUUAAUUCUUUUCAAGUUAUUGAUUAUCAAACUCAGAGACAAAAGCCAGAGGAGAGACUCAGCCACAUGCUGGUUUCAACCCUGACAUCCAUCACACCUUGAAAGGAAAACACAGACCAAAGAAGUUGUCUCCUUUCCGAAGACAAACGGCUUAACAACGGUCUUGUGAAGCGCAGUAGGAAAUCACUAAUGUCGGUUGUUUUUAAAAUUUCUGUGUACACUUUAAAGCAUGUUUGGUGCUAUAAUAAGUUUUCCAUGUAUCACUGUGUGCUAGCGAUGCUCACGGCCUUCCGGAUUCUCGAGCGCUGCCCCAGGCAGCCCCGUCCCGGUUUGUGCCCCUGGUGCUUGGACAUAUACAGGUUCUGCCACUUUGGUGCUCAAUAAAAAGUGACCAGUGUAUUUUUCAA